UUUAUGUCUGCGAUUACGAGGACAGCAGCGUGACUGGUGCACCGACACAGAUAACAAAGAUGUAUUUAGGGCUAAAUAAUAUUGAGUCUACCUUUGUUUAAAGCUGGAAUCAAUACUUUUUAAAGCAUGUCCAUUUUUCAUUUAGCAAGCCUCUUGUCGGAGCGGAGGGUCAGGGAGAUGUAUGGAAGGGAGUGUGUUUUAAUUCCGUCUGUUGCUGUAGUAAUAAUAAUUGUCAGAACGAGCACGGCUCCUAAAGAUCGGGUGAUAGGGAGGGCACGGAUGGAAAUGACCAUUGGAGACAGAAUAACAUGGCCCCGUUGUGCAGGUGGAGAUGAAGUGGAGUAAAGUGUGAAGAGGGAUCUGGAGGGAGACAAAGACGUUCACACACAGCGGAACUGCUGUGGUGCCCGGCACAAAACGAGAAGUGAAUCGGAGAGAAUCACUGCAGACUGGAUAAUUGCAGAAUGCCACACAAGAUGACGGAUUGACGACCAGAUGAGCCUAUGGAUGCUCUCACAUCAACGAACACGAAAAAGCAGAGCGAUCACAACAUAAAUAGACAGAUUGCAGGAUGGAUGAAUUGAUAGAUCUUUUAGAGAAGGUCAAACUUCUGUGCGCACACUCUCAAACCAUCGUGAAAAGAAGAGAAAUUGAUUGCCGCUCACAAAAGGGUUGAAAUGACCAAGAAAUUAUUUUUCUGGGCAAUGAACAUUGUGAGCGAGUGUGUGAGAGAGAGAGAGAGAGGGAGAGAAAGGGGGAAAAAUGCCCAGCCUCUUUGUAUGAAUUGUCUCAAAAGUAACUAUAGUCAUCUUCAAGAUGUUGCCAGUGUUCUGGUCAAAUGGCCACUCUACCUGGACCAGACCAGAGCGGUUUUGAGUUUUCGGUAGCUCAUCUGAAGUUCGGCCUCGAACGUAGCCUUCGCAUUUCGCCAAAGGAGAUGGUCAUGAUGUCAUCAUUUCACCUGUCAAGAGUCUGUCAAGGCUGCCUUGAAGACAACCGCCACCCGUGGAACCCUGGUGCCCCAUGGCACAAGCUUUCGAUUGUGGAUAUCACAGUUCCUCGAUUGAUGGACGCCUCCAAUCCACACUAUAUUACCCUGCUGGGGUGACAAAGAAGACAUCUAACACUCCCACCCCUUCCCACAGUGCAAAUAAAGACAUCUAGGGGGAAAAAAAUGAAUGCUUCUUUAAUCACAUGACGUCUGUGUGCACCAAGCCGUUCAAACGGCGCGCCACUAAUGGACUGCUGAUGAAUAGACAAAGGGAACAACCAUCCACAGUGAGCAGAACAAAUAGGCCUCCAGCACAAAUGGAGAUCGCAUCAAUUACACUGCUGCACGGAACAGCACAAUCUUUGCUCUCCGAAUUGGAUCAGAUAAAGCCCAGAGAUUCUCGGUCCAUCCUACAGCCAGCAGCCACGGUGCCGGCUCCGGCCCUUGGUUUCCGUCUGAGGCGAGGCCACUUGGGAGUGCCGGUGUAGUGGAGGUAUGGACUGUAACUGUGUUAGUGACCUGCUGCUCACGCCACCCGUCCCAACCCUCUGGACACCAGGCAUCGCCUUCCCAGACUGGGCCUAUAAGCCAGAAUCAAGCCCAGGCUCCAGGCAGAUCCAGCUGUGGCACUUCAUCCUGGAGCUGCUGCAGAAGGAAGAAUACCAGGGGGUGAUUGCCUGGCAGGGAGACUAUGGUGAAUUUGUGAUCAAAGACCCAGAUGAGGUGGCAAGACUGUGGGGCAUUCGGAAGUGCAAACCUCACAUGAACUACGACAAGCUUAGCCGAGCGCUUAGGUACUACUACAACAAACGCAUUUUGCACAAAACUAAAGGCAAGCGCUUCACCUACAAGUUUAACUUUAGUAAGGUGGUUCUGGUGAAUUACCCACUGCUGGACAUGGCCAGUUCUCCAUUCCUAUUGGCCCAGAACCACUUUAAUGGAGGAACAGCAACACCAGAUUGCAGCCCUGUCACGCCUGAGGCCCUUCAGUCUUUAUUCCCUCGUUUGCCUGAAUCAGGACGAGGGCCCUCUCUGUUUGAGCGCAGUGCAGGGGCCCCAGGGCCUGAUGGGGACAAACUGAGACUGGACACUUUUCCUUUCCUCGGCUCAGGGGCUCCUUGUUACUCCAAACCUCCAUCCCUGUUGGGUCCUUACCCACGGAACCCCUCUUUUGACUACCCCUGGGGCUUCAACCCCUACCUCCCAGGGGCCUUUUCUCUGAACAAUUGUCCCAAAUUGCCCCCAGGCUCCCUCUACUCCUCACAUUUCUAUCCCAACCCGCUCCAAUCCGGCCUGUCUCAGCUGUCACACCCCUUCUCUUCGCUCUUACCCCCCGGAGACACGACCGGGGCAGAACGCGGUCAAACGGGAGGAACGAACGGCUCUGCGGGCGGUCAGCCUCCCAGACUCUGCAUCCCACCGUACCCAGGGAGCUUGACACUGGGUCGGACUGAGCUGGGGAACGGGGGUACGGGCGUAGGAGACCGGGAAAGAGGGGAGACCAACGCUGGCGUAACAGGCGGAGGUCUCGGUUUAGGGUUAGGCCUCGGAUUGGGAUUGGGUGGAGUUAGUGUGGGAAGCGGAGGAGGAGGUCGUCAAAGCCCUUCCGAGCGGAGAAAGGGCGUGAAGCAAGAUCCGGAGUCUGACUCUGAGCUGGAGAUCACAGACCUGAGCGACUGCAGCUCGGAGAACGAGAACGAGCCGGACUUCUCUCUGGGGAAGGAGCCAGGGUUGGGUGGUCGCUCACACCUUCUAGAGGCCAAAUCCGGGGGUCUCGGGGGAGUCCUGCCCCCUCUCUCUUCUCUUCCUCCACCUGUGUCUCCGCAUCCCCUCAAAAGUCUGGGACCCCUGACUCCUCCACCGUCAUCCCUGCCUCCAUCCCUCUCUCCUUCCCUCACUGUGGUCGACCGGCACAGGGAAACAGAGACACUUAAACUUGCUCACAGUUAAUAUGUUCUGUUGUGUGAUUUUUGAUGUCUUGCAGGUUCUCUCUUUCUCUUUUUCUGUCUGUGAAUUCCUGCAUUUGUGAAAUAAUGCUGUAUAUUCCCAUUUUAUUUUUUCCUUCCUCUUUUCCGAAGAUCUCCGAUGCCAUUCUUUGCUCAUGCCGUUCCAAUAUCAGAAUUUCCAAUUGCUUACUUCAAUUUAUAAAUCGCACAGUAAGACUCUCAACGCAAUUUGAGUAUUUGUUAUUCUGAGAGUAAAAGUGCAGCACAAAAAAAACAAAACAAAAAAACAACAACAGCUUUUCGGAUUAGAAUGUUUAAAUAUCUAAAGAAUUUUAAUUCUCCGAUUUCUGUUAGCAAACAGUAACGAUGAGAUAUUUUAUAGCCAAGACAGCACAGUAAUUGAAUAUGCAUAACUUUUAUCACCCACUUUUUAAAUUGCACUGCAUUCUGGCCCUGCUGAGAUAGGCAGUUAGUUUGUUCUGCUCGGUGUAUUUCACAGACUUUUCCGUAAGGUAAUGCUAAGCUCUGCAAUACAGUGCAGUGUAACACAAGCUAAAUGCAAUAAUGGCAACACUAAUUUCAAAGUGAGUCAGUUGUGUUGCAAUAAAGCACCUUUGUUUUUAGUUUUGUGCUGAUUCCAAGAGAUUCAGAUGUAUAUGUGGUCAAACAUUGCCAUCUUGUGGUUAUAUUUAUCUACCGCCUUCAUAGUUUCUGAAGAGAAGCUUUAUCUAUGUAUGUAUUUAUUUAUUUAUUUAAGUUAAUUUUUGAUUUUCACGUCCAGUUCAUGUCUUUUUUAAACAUUCAAAAAAAUUUUAUGAGCCUGAGAAUGAGAGACAGAGUCAAUACUACUCAUGCCAGUGAAUAUUUAAAGUUUGUAUCUAUUUCAUUGUAUAUAUUUUAUUAUUGUGUACAUUAUGUUUAAUUACUAUUACUAUAUGGGAUAGUUGUAUUGGUGUCAUUUUACUCUGUACCUAACUGAAGAGUGAUAUAUGAGACAGGAGAAUGGAUAAGUAUAUAUGUGUAGUGACCCAAAGUUGAGAAAGAGCACUUGUUUUUCACAAGCUCAUAAGAAUAGUGUUUAGACAGGGAAGUGUGCAAAAAAUUCUGCUUUUUCUAACUGUGCCCUGUGGAAAUCUUCGCCAGAUACCUUCAAGUAGACAACCCUGCUGGACUGAGUUACGAUGAUAGUCUCAUAUUUUUAAUAAUUCAUUCACCCAGUGGUGAUGUACUAUAAUUAAUCAAGUGUGAAUAAUAUUAGUUACAGCAUCUGCUAAUUUCUUUAACCAGUGUUCAUUCUGAGAAGACACACUUUGAUCACCUUUGAAUACAAUUCAGACAAGUUGGGGGGUAAAGAUAACAUCUGAUACAAAAGCAAAAUGCAAGUAAGAUUUUAUCAACCUACGGCAACAAUAUUUCCAGAUAUUCUUCUGAUUCUUCAGUAAGUUAUUAUCUGAUUCCAGAUAAGAACUUGAAAGAACUUGUUACAUGACAGUUGGUGCCCUUGACUUGCCCGUACUAGAGGAGAUUUCAGCUGUACAUAGGACUUUGUGUAUUUGUGUGUACACAUUGAAAAGAAAAAAAUACCAUUCACCUUACCUUACAGUAAAGCUUUUCUUUGUUUUAUUGUGAAAUUUAAAACAGAAAGGAUGACUAGAACAAAAAACGAACAAAGAGUAAUAUCU